AUUUUCUUGUUUCUUUAGUGUCAAUGGACGUUAUCUUCGUCUGACUAAUUUUUUCUCUGGUCAACUAUUUUGUUCCCUAUCUUUGCUCCGGCUUUUCCCUACAAAAUGGGUUGUGGUGUUUCAAGGCCGGAGACAGAUGAAGGAGGAGAAGAAGGUGGGGAUUUGAAGAUUGUAACUCGGAAAGGAUCAAUAGGUAAAGAUAGCGAAACUGCUGAUAGUUUCGUUUCGGAUAAAGACCUUCUUGAGAUAUCAUCUACACAUAGUAAAAAUUCCAAAACCAAUGGUGAAAAGGCGAGUAAAGAGGAUGAAAAUGAAUGUCAAGAUGAAGAAGAGAAAGGAGGCGAGCUAAAAGAUUCACCCGCAUCUCCCAGUUUUCGUAUUUAUUGCGUUUUCCCUAGAGAUCCUAAUGAUGACAACGAUGACUUGCAACGGAACAAGCACAUUUCAGACGAAAACAAGGAGCAGAAAGGGAAGAUACAAGCAGCAGUAGGAACGAAAAUAAGAAGAAGGUUUAACAAUGUCAAAAAGCUUCUAAUACCUCCAAAUGUACCUUCCUCCACAGCUAAUCGCGGUUGAUUUAAUUGUCUUUUUUUUUUUUUUUUUUUCAUUCUUCAUAUUAAGCAAAUUGAGGUUUAGAGAGAAACUAUGGGAUUUUUUCAUAUGAUUUUGAUAGUGACCAAGAAA